AAUGCUUGUUUUUCAAACUUGGCUGCCAUGCCCCAGCUUUUGUCUCCUUAUGGUUCCACACAGAGUUGUCUCCCUUCCAUCUAUUAGAUCGGCCCUAUUCACUUCUAUACUUUUCCGCAUACCUGAAGGCUGAAGCAGGGCCUGGUAGUGACUGAAGUUCAGUCAUGGAUGAAGGCACCGCUGUUGAGAAGACCGGCGGCAUGGGAGAGGUCCGAAAGCAGCUGUACCUUGCCGGGCCGCUCAUCGUCGCAUGGCUCCUGCAGAACUCCGUCCGGAUUAUAUCUCUUAUGUUCGUCGGUCACCUUGGCGAGCUCGCCCUUUCCAGCGCCUCCAUGGCCACCUCCUUCGCAAGCGUUACUGGCUUCAGCUUGUUGUUGGGCAUGGCGAGCAGCUUGGACACACUGUGUGGGCAAGCCUUUGGGGCAAAGCAGCACCAUCUUCUCGGCAUCUACAAGCAGAGAGCCAUCCUUGUGCUAACCCUGGUGAGCAUUGGGCUCGCCGUUGUCUGGUGGUACACUGGCAAGAUCCUUCUCCUCUUUGGCCAGGACCCGGAGAUUGCGGCCGGAGCCGGCAGCUACAUCCGGUGGAUGAUUCCGGCGCUGUUCGUGUAUGGGCCAUUGCAGUGCCAUUUCCGGUUCUUGCAGGCGCAGAACAUAGUCCUCCCGGUGAUGCUGAGCUCAGGCGUCACGGCAGUGAGCCAUGUGCUGGUGUGCUGGCUGCUGGUGUACAAGAUUGGCCUUGGCUACAAGGGUGCUGCCUUGGCCUGUGCCAUCUCGUACCUGAUUAACGUGUCAAUCCUGUCAAUUUACGUUAGGCUUGCACCAGCCUGUGAGAACACUAGGAGAGGGUUCUCAAAGGAGGCUUUUCACGGCAUCCCCACGUUCUUGAGGCUUGCUGUUCCAUCUGCACUGAUGGUUUGCUUGGAGUGGUGGUCAUUUGAGAUCCUGGUAAUUCUUUCUGGACUUCUGCCAAACCCGAAGCUUGCGACAUCUGUUUUGUCUAUUUUAUUAAACACGAGCACUUUAGCGUUUAUGAUCCCGUUUGGGCUUAGUGCAGCCAUAAGCACUCGUGUUUCAAAUGAGCUUGGUGCUGGGCGACCUCAAGCUGCCCGUCUGGCUACACGUGUGGUCAUGGUGCUGGCAAUCGCGAUCGGCAUAUUAGUCGGACUAGCUAUGGUUUUGGUGCGCAAUUUAUGGGGAUAUGCAUACAGUAAUGAGGCGGAAGUGGUGAAACACAUCUCCAAAAUGAUGCCGAUCCUGGCCGUGUCAUUCUUGUUUGAUUGCCUGCAGUGUGUUCUGUCAGGCAUUGCUAGGGGUUGUGGGUGGCAAAAGAUUGGUGCUUGUGUAAAUCUUGGUGCAUACUACAUGAUUGGAAUUCCAGCCGCCUUCUGUUUGGCCUUUCUUGACCAUCUAGGUGUAAUGGGACUUUUGCUGGGAAUGAUCUGCGCACUCGUCGUUCAGAUGCUAUUGCUUCUCGCAAUUACUUUGUGCAGCAACUGGGAGAAAGAAGCUUUGAAGACAAAGGACAGAAUUUUCAGUUCUUCCCUACCAGACAUGAUGACAUGAUAUGCUCAAGAGACGCAAUUUUGUUGGACGAGAUGGCCAAAAAGAUAGCAUUCCGAAGGACUAAAUACAGAGGGCUUGCUACUGGUCUCAGAAAAAAAAAGAGAGUGUGCCCUUGGGUAAAUGUGUGAACUCAGAGAGCCAAAAUGUUCUCCCCAUUUGUAUUAACUCAUCUUGAUUUUUGGCUUGGAGUUUUGUGUGCGGAAUUCAAUUAGAUUCAAAUUUGAGUAUAUAAAUUCCCACCUAUUCCUGAUCCUU